UGCAGGCAUACUUCCGCAAGUGUUACAGCUCUUUUAGAAUUUGUCUAGUAGGUUUUCUGACUUUUGUCGGAAAACCCCUUUCUAAGUCAGUAGUUGCAAAUGAUAGUCUUUGGUUCUCUGUUUGGGCGAUGGUGGUGGUUAUUCGGGCCCGAUUCUUUGUGGACUGCGUGCCGAGGUUAGGGCUGCGCCGAGAAACUUCCGGCUUGUGCUGAUGCUGCUUCCCUUCCGCCUCCACCGGCCUCGGGAGUUGCGGUGGGAGGCUGCUCCUUCGUCCAAACCUUUUCUGUGUUGCCACCAUACGAGCAGUUUCUCAUGGCGUCCGCCGCGGCUCAGCCCGUGGCCCUGAGCGCAGAACAGGCCAAGGUGGUCUUGGCGGAGGUGAUCCAAGCAUUCUCGGCUCCAGAGAACGCCGUGCGCAUGGACGAGGCUAGAGACAAUGCGUGCAACGAUAUGGGCAAGAUGCUGCAAUUCGUGCUGCCCGUAGCCACGCAGAUCCAGCAGGAAGUUAUCAAAGCCUAUGGCUUCAGCUGCGACGGGGAAGGUGUCCUUAAGUUUGCCCGCCUGGUCAAGUCCUACGAAGCCCAAGAUCCUGAGAUAGCCAGCCUUUCAGGCAAGUUGAAGGCCCUGUUCCUGCCGCCUAUGACACUGCCACCCCACGGACCUGCUCCUGGAGGCAGUGUGGCUGCGUCCUGAGAGCUGAUCCCUUCAUUGUGCCAGGGAAACAAGACCUUGGUGUUCCGGAGGAUAAUAAAUGUGCCUGUGACCAAG